GUCGCUAGGUGUCAGGCGUGAGCCUCUGUAAGGGGUUAACGCCGAACAGAGACGAAGGAGGGCUUGCGUCGGGCCCAUCCUCCAGUAUGCUCCAAUUGGCUUAGUCGCCUGCCGCUCAAAACAGGAGGGGGGCCGCCGCCGCCCCCGCUCUUGCUGCCUGGGCCGGGCCGGGGUCUCGAAGGGAGUUUGGAGCGACGUUUUGGAGUGUGCGGGCGAGGUUGGGUCUGCUCGCCCACCCGCCCAGGCGAGCGCAGCCCCGUCCCCUCCCCGUUCUUCGCAGGCUCCCUCAUGGAGACCGCCGCCCCCGCUCCCCCUCCUGGCCCCACGGCGGGCCCCUUCCCCCCACUCUUCCCCCCGGGGCUGCACGGCAUCUAUGGUGAGUGCCGGCGACUGUACCCAGAGCAGCCCAACCCCCUGCAGGUCACCGCCAUCCUCAAGUACUGGUUAGGUGGACCUGAUCCCCUGGACUACGUCAGCAUGUAUAGGAACAUGGGAAAUCCCACCCAAAAUGUUCCUGAGCACUGGCACUAUGUAAGCUUUGGAUUAAGUGAUUUGUAUGGUGACAACAGAGUGCAUGAGUUUACUGGACCAGAUGGGCCAAGUGGUUUUGGAUUUGAACUAACAUUUAGACUUAAGCGUGAAACAGGAGAAUCUGCACCACCCACAUGGCCAGCAGAGUUAAUGCAAGGCUUAGCAAGAUAUGUCUUCCAAUCAGAAAAUACAUUUUGUAGUGGUGACCAUGUAUCGUGGCACAGCCCAUUGGACAACAGUGAGUCUAGGAUCCAGCAUAUGUUGCUGACUGAAGAUCCUCAAAUGCAGCCAGUUCAGACACCAUUUGGGAUUGUUACUUUCCUCCAGAUUGUUGGGGUCUGCACAGAGGAACUUCAUGCUGCUCAGCAAUGGAAUGGACAGGGUAUAUUAGAACUGCUUCGGACUGUUCCUGUAGCAGGUGGCCCAUGGUUAAUAACAGAUAUGCGACGUGGAGAGACCAUCUUUGAAAUAGAUCCACACUUGCAACAGGACAGAGUUGAUAAAGGGAUCGAGACAGAUGGCUCCAACCUGAGUGGCGUCAGUGCUAAAUGUGCCUGGGAUGACCUUAGCAGGCCACCAGAGGAUGAUGAAGACAGUAGAAGUAUCUGUAUUGGCACACAUCCCCGGCGCUUGUCUGGGAAAGAUACUGAGCAAAUCCGAGAAACUCUGCGGAGAGGUCUUGAGAUUAACAGUAAACCUGUUCUGCCACCAAUCAAUGCUCAGAAACAGAAUGGAUUGAACAACGACAAAGCACCGAGUCGCAAGGACAGUUUAGAAAGUGAGAGCUCCGCUGCAAUUAUUCCUCAUGAGUUGAUUCGUACAAGACAGCUUGAGAGCGUACACCUGAAGUUCAACCAGGAAUCAGGAGCAUUAAUUCCACUUUGUUUAAGGGGCAGACUGUUACAUGGACGGCACUUUACAUACAAAAGUAUUACAGGGGAUACUGCAAUCACGUUUGUAUCAACAGGAGUUGAAGGGGCCUUUGCUACAGAGGAGCAUCCUUAUGCAGCACAUGGACCCUGGUUACAAAUCCUGCUGACUGAAGAGUUUGUGGAAAGAAUGCUGGAAGACCUAGAAGAUCUGAAUUCUCCAGAGGAAUUCAAACUUCCAAAGGAGUAUAGUUGGCCUGAAAAGAAACUGAAAGUCUCCAUCUUGCCUGAUGCUGUGUUUGACAACCCACUCCAUUAAAGCCAACUGACACCCGCAAGCAACAACUUACUGUAUGCUUCCCAGUGACUCAUGGGAUAAUUAAUGCAGUAAAAGCUCUUCCUGCAAAAGAGAUGUUGCUGCAUAACCACUGCAAACAGAGAAGGGGUUACUCAACAGCAGUCCCACCAGAACUGAUCUUCGGGUACCUGGCUUUCUCCUUUUCAUCACAGCUGAACUUUGAAAACUCUGCAUAUGAAUGAAUGUGUGAGAGACAAAGAGAGAGUGAGAGAGAAGUAUUUAACUAUGAAUUGUUAUUUCCCAAAUUAGCUGGCUCCAGACCUCCCUGCUGCCUUUGCUCAGGGUUAAUGUGCCUCAUCUGCCUUCUUUCACCACACAUUUUUUAGGUGUAAACAUACAAUCCACUGAUUUGAAGUGUGGUCUUUAACUCCAGAAUUCAUUUGUUAGUCAGACUUCUUAUGAUAUAGCAUUUCCCCUCUUUCCCCACCCCACACUUAAACUGAGGAAAUAUUGAUCUGCUGUGAUGUUAUGUACUGGGACCUGUGUCAUCAGGAGAGUCAUGGUCUCUUUGACUGCCAUUGGCUGAGCUACUGUGAUGUCAUGGAGGGACUGUCCUACCUUGGGCCAGAUUAGUUCUGAGGCCUAUGAUUAUUCAAUUUGAGAUCAAACCCCUCAGUUGACUCACCCUAGAGAAGAAAUGACUCAUGACCGAAGUACUGUUUAAGUGCAGUGUUGCAAAAAAGCCUGAUCCUAUGCAUAAUUACUCAAAAGGAAGUCCAUCUCUUUUCAUUGGCACUCACUGCCAGGUAAGUGUGCAUAGGAUUGUAGCUAUAAGCACACCUGCAUAUGUCAUGGGACUAUGGGUCAAAAAGAAGAGAAAAGCCCUCUUCUAUGAUAAGAUUAAAAAUAAGUAAUCUCUCACAUGGCCACCAGGUAACUGGGUGAUCCGAUUUUAUAGGUUUUUCUCCUUGGGCUAUGGCAGAAAGCCAUCCUUUCAUACAGAUAUAGAGGAAUUAUUGGACUUAUUUUUUUUUCUUGGUACAGCCAUUGUGUCCGUUUUCUUAUAAACAGGAAAAGAUCCCUAAGUUAAGAGAUCUAACAAUCCGUAAGUUAAGAGAGCCCGCUAUUUUCAAGGCUGUUUUCAGAUAAGGCUUUAAUUUUAUCAUGAGCAGGGGAUCCAAUACAGAGAAACCUUUCCUGCACUUGUUUUCCAGAUCAAAGGCUUUGAGCAAAAAUAGCAGCUUUGCUAACACCGCUUUUAAAAAUGAGGAGCCAUUCCAAACCCCAAAUAUUUAGCUGUCCUCGUGUAUCAUAUCAGCCAAAACAAGGGUGCUUUUUUUUUUUUAACUUUUUAUUCCUUAAGAUAAUUGGCAUCCUUGGCCUACAUGCUUCCAAGGAAUUGAGCCACUGGUGAUGCCCUUGAAACAAAAGGCUGGAGCAAGUGUAGGCAUAUAUGCAUUGGACGCCUUUUAUAGAGCCCCUCCCCAAGGGAGUAUGCUGUCUUCCACAAACUCCCUAUCCAAAUCCUAGGAGUCUCAUCUUUUACUUGAAAGUAAGAUUUGGGCUGGCAUGGUACCCCAGUUCUGAUAUUUAGGGAUCACAAGGCAAAAUGAUUUUGCAAGUCACACAUAGAUUAUUACAUUUUGGAAGGUUAUUAUGAGACUGUAGUAAGUACAAUACAAAGUAUAUGCUAAUGUCUGCAGAAUUGACUGAUUACUAAUGUCAAAUUGACUAAGCGCGGAACAUUGCAAAGUUCAAGUGGGCCUAACCUCUGCAUGCCCCAGUGGAACUGUAAAGGGAGGUUCUGUUUAUGACAGAAAUCUUUUAGCAGUCCCUUGGUGUGCUCUCAUUCACAUGUUACUGCCAGAUACCAUGCAUAUUUUCCCCACCAUAGUCAUCCUAUUGGGCCUAGUUUUCACAAACAGCAGUGAAAGCAGUAAAACUGUUUCUCAAUUGUACUGUUUUCAGACUGCAGUGGAAUCCUGCAUGAUUGAAUGGUCCUCCGUACCCACAAAAACAAAUACCUGCACAUAGAAACCUGGCGUGUCAGGAAUAUGACUAGGUUAGAACCCUUCUGUACAGGGAGGUGGUUGUAUGGAGGAGCAUUCAGCCAUGUGGGCCUUUAAGAUUUGCUCCCAGCAACUAAAAUCCCUCAGAGCCUGUGGAACUGUUUUGGGGACAGUUUAUCUUGCAAAUUGUGGGCUCUGUUGUCGUCCUCUAGAUCAGGGAUUCUCAACAUUGUGUCUCCAGUUGUUAUUGGACUUCAACUCCCAUAAUCCCCAGUCCCAGUGGCCUUUGGUUGGGGAUUAUGGGAGUUGAAGUCCAAUAUCAUCUGAGGACCCAACAUUGAGAAUCCCUGCUCUAGAUACCCUAGUGAGGCUUUAUGCAGCCACACUGUGCCAUCCUUCUUUCUGGUUGACCUCUCAGUCCCUUUUCAGACAGAAUGUGAUGCUGAACUACAAAAUCAUUGUGGAUUUCUCAGGAAGGAUUUGUGAGCUGGAGACCAGGCCGGUGUCUACUGAAGCUUAUGAUAGUUUGCUGCAAAAUCCACAUGGACUCUGCCAUAAUGGUUUUUAAUGUUUUGUCCUGCAUGAUAAUUCCUUUGUGGAGGAAAACAAUUGGCCUUAAGUGUCUUUAUUUAAACUUUAAAAAUGACUCUCAUGUGACUUGCAGAGAGACCAUUCAGGUUUAAUAUCUGCCUGAAACUAUCCACAAAUGAAUGUUUUGGCAAAUCAAAGGUAAGGUGCCUGAUGUGUAUUUGUUUAAUAAGUAACACUUUAUGGCGGGUUCUGCUGGAAUCUCUUAUUUUCAGCUACCCAGAGGAAACUCUCUCUCUUACUGUAUAUCAGUGUGUAUAUAUAGUAUAUCAGUAACUUUUCAUGGGCAAGAUCUCGGGCACUGCGGGCAGUUGUGCUAACUGUUUGCUUUUUCCCCUAAGAGGAGAAAGGAAAAGUUUGCUUUGCAUUCUUGCUCUCUGCCUUCUAGUUACUGAAGGGGUUUACAGGAAACUGGAGCUUUGACUGCUCUUUGGUUGGUCUGCACCUGCUGCUUAAUCCCUUCAGCACCUGGAGCUGUAAACACCCUUCCUGGGUUGCCGCAACAAUUAUUAACUUUCAGUGCAGCUGUUGCACUAGUCAUGUGCCAGGAUGGUCCUAACCCAGCCACCAAACCAAAUGGCCCCAAAAGGGCCAUUCCAGAGGAUUUGCUAUCAAAGUCUGAAACAGACAGUAAGUGAGCAUAAUACAGAGGGGCCGUGCAAGUCUGAAUGAGAACCUUGAUCAGGUGGAGCGCAAGCUCUAAGUAUAGGAAGAAAAACGCAAUCCUUCUGCUGCAUGUGGCUGCGCUCAGAAGAGCUGAGCCCUCUAAAAGCAAUGUAUAUAAUACAAAGAGCUCUAGCUUUACUCCUUGGGAUCUUCCCACAGGAUUGGAACUCAAGGUUCCUCCACGGCACUGGAAUGCAAACCUACAUAAACACAGGAGCCUCUCUGCUCUGAAAAGUGCAUUCACUGUGCAGUCUGAUGCACAAAUUCGGGGAGAACAAGUUUUGCCACUUUGAAGCAGAAGGGGCUGCACAGAAUACUGUUUGGUUAGGCACAGCCCAGCAGAAACAUGAAGGAAAGAAAGGGAAGAACCAAACUUUCCAGGAAUUCGGCAUUUGCUGCUGAGUCAUGUAGAUGUAUCAUUUGAAGAGUGAUGGUAGGAGGAAGCUACACUCACCUCGUAGGACAAAAAUAUUGUGCUGGCUCCUGCUUUUGUGUCUGUAAGCAGCCUGUACUACACACAACCUCAUGUGUUUUUCUGUGUAAAUCUGAACCUGGUUUCUUUAUCAAGUCAGAAAGUGGUGGACAAAGGCUCUGUAGCAUGUUGUGUACUGCACUUGAACAAUCCUUUUGGAUUGUAUAUGGUGGAAGUAUAAGGGUACCCCUUUUGGCAGAUGAAACCCUGGGUUUCAAUCGGCAUAGUUGCCGUUAGACUUCAGUGGUGCUAUAGGGAUUAUUCCGUCAUCCCAUCCCACUCUGUUUUUCCAGCAAUACGAGAAAGCCUUAAACUGCUUUAAAGGAAAAUCCUUUACACAUGAUCCAUACACAUGAAAGCAAGGGAAGUAAGGGUCAGGGAGCAAAUGUAGUUGCAGAAGCUUUUUAAUGCCUUAUGGCAAAAAUGUGUUAGUAUUUAACAUUGUUCCCUACCCCUAGCACCAUUGUAAUGUAUAGGAAGAGAGAGAAUAGCUUCAUAUUAUGGAAGUCCUAUCUUGCGAUGGUGUUUCUUUCCCCAUCUUUCCUUGUUCUGCUUUUCCAAAUGCUCUUUUGGUGAGCAUCCAAAAUAUCAAAAAGUAAAUGAGCCUGUAGCUAACGUAAGUUUUAAAAAGAUCCCUUGCUGACCUGCCUUUCAGGCAGCAACUAACCUUAUGGGCAUUAUGCACUUUGCUGCCUCUUCAUUUAAUAUAAAUCUUCUCAAAUUGCUUACAGUCCAUAAAAUCAUAAUAAGUGGUACAUUAGUUUUGUAGCAUCAUUCCAAGGCUGCCAUAGAGGUGCACCUUUCCUCCUUUCAGCCAACCAGCAAAUAAGAAUGUUGGAGAAAUAUUUCCCAAAAACCCUUUUCAAUCUUCCUCCUUCAUGAUUCACUGCUGAAAUUUUAAGUCUCUGAUAACAGAAUAAUAUAAUACAAUGAAAGCCAGUGUGUAGAUUAAAUGUUUAAGGGCUCCAUCAGAUGCAUUUUAAUUUCAGUAAACUAAAAGCUCUAUCAUAGAAUUUAACCACCAGUGAAUAUGGUACUGCAAACAUUUUCUUCUCCUCUCUGAUGUUUCCCAUCAUCUUUCCUAGUGAGGGUGGAAAUCAACAUGGCUACUAUUGUUUUCUUCCCCCAAGGCCUUGAUGGCAAAGGUCUGAAUUCAUCACUGCUCUUCUACAUAAUGGAGAGUGGGGAGGAUGAUAGGGUGGGCCCUACUGAGGAUGUUAGGAUAGUGUAGGCCCUGCAGUAAGUGAGGAUGGCUGCUGUCAGCCCUGAUUAAUAUUCUGGGAAGACACAGGCAUGUGCAACUGUCUUACAGGGCUUGUUGGCUCAGGUUUAAGUUGAGUAUCCCUUUCACUAGUUUCUCUUCUCCAUACAGAACAGAAUCUCAAUUCUGUAUAAAAACUUCACCUACCUUCGGGAAAACAAAACCUAUUUAAGUGAUAGAACCAGUGAGUUAAUUCAAAAGGUCCUGUGCUCUGAUUGCUGAUUAACUCCGCAGUGCGAGACCUUGCCCAGUCUUUUAUCCUGGCUUUCCCGGAACAGCAUUUUACAAUUUAAACGGUACCAAACUGCCAUUAUGAAAAGAAAGCAACCCAAAAUCAUGAGCUUCAUGGCCUAAGCCCCAUCCUUAGCACUUGUUUUAUGUGCUGGACCCUGGGGAAGAGCGUGAGACGAAUGCAGUACUAGCAUUCCAUUCUAGCAGAUCUGAAAGUCGCUGUAGCUAAAAACAGUAGACGAGAGUUUUAAAUUGAAUAAACUCAUAUGGUAUCACACUCCAAACAGAAGGACCACCUUUCUUUCUUUCAGCUGUUUUAUUUCCAUAGGAACCAGAGUUCACUGUUGAAGCAGGGGAUUUUACUAACUGCUUUUGUUUUUUAAGGGAUGCAGCAGCUCUUGUUGGUUGUUACUAUAGUUCUAUAUUUUGGAUGGCUGUAGUGCUAGCAAACUUUGGACAAAAUGAGUUAUCUUUGGAGAAGCUACUCCUUAGACCUGCUCAACUUUUAACUCUGACUGCUGAGGCUGCUUUGACCAAGCUUCAGCUGAGAUGAACUGUUUCUGCAGGUCAUCUGUGUGUGUGCGUGUGUGUGUGCGAUUCUUGUUCCUUUACAAAAAUGUUACGGACACUGCAGAAACUGUCUGAAAAAGGCUUGCCAUUCCUGCAGUCAGAUUUUCAGUACUUUGUAGUAUGCCUUUUUUCUACCCAAAAAAAAAAAAAACCCCAACCCAAUUGAAACCUAAACUAGCAGAGGUUUUUAAAAUAUUUUAUAUUAGUUUCUAAUGUGUAUAUUCUUACAUUAUCACAGUGCUGGUAUGUUCACCUGCACAAAACUACUUUUUGUAAUAUUUUUGUGAAUCACAAAACGUUUUUUCCCUCCUGUGUAUUCAAAGUGCAUUAAACUUGUUUGCAUA